AUGUCACUGAAGCUCAUCUGCUUCUUCCUCUGCAUCCUGAUUGCACCAGGUCUCACAGGUGAAGAAGCUUUGCCACCGGCACCUCAGAAUAUCUCCAUUCUUUCUACCAACAUGAAACACAUCUUAACUUGGAGUCCUGUGAUCAUCCAGGGAGAAACUGUGAGAUACUCAGUUGAGUUUCAGGGGGAGUACGAGCGAGUGUACGCCAACGAGAGCUGGAUCCCCAUCUCUGAGUGUUCCCUCAUCACAGCCACGCUCUGUAACAUCACAGAGGACAUCUCAGCCACCGUGGCCUAUAACCUGAGGGUGAGGGCAGAUCUUGGUGCCAGGAGGUCAGAGUGGGGCACCCUGAAAGGCUUCUUCAAUCGCAACACCACUUCCCUGACCCCACCUGUGAUGAAGGUCAUAGCAGAUGGGUAUCAUUUACUAGUGGAGCUGGAGGACAUGGGGCCUGCCUUUCAGUUCCAUGUUCUCUACUGGAAGAAGGGCCAGGAGAGGAGGAUGCAGCAGAAGGUGGUGAAGGAGGUCAGCUCUGUGGUUCACCUGGACACCAUGGAGGCAGGAGCUGAGUAUUGUGUGAAGGCUCAGUCGUACGUCGAGGCCAUCAACAGGAGCAGCAGCUUCAGCCAGACCCAGUGUGUGAGGGCCCAGGGUGACACAUCCAUGUGGCUGGUUACUGCCCUCAUCUCCUCUGCUGGCUUGGCUGUGGCUGCUUUAACCCUGCCUUUCCUCACCUGGAAAACAAGUAAAAUCUUUCAGUACUCCUGCUGCCCCGUUGCUGUCCUGCCAGACACGCUGAAAGUAUCAGAGCCCUCCACCCAGCUGAUACUGUGUGGCAGUGAAGAAGCCGAGCAGUGUGAUCUGACGGUGGUUGUGAUGCCCUCAGAAGAAGUUCUCCGACUGUGGAUUCAAGAAACACUUUAG